AGUCCUUCCCACUGUGAUCUUCGUGCCCACGCCAAUAAAUUGUGCGGGCAACUGUGACGAGUCUUCUGAUCAUAACAAACAGUAUACAAAGAAUUUCUCUUGUGAGAAGUUUUCUGGCUCCUUCUCAGGAUCCAGUGAUCGUCCUCUACAAACCUACGCUCAAAAUAAUUCCGAAAGCUUCGCAAAGCUACAACCGGCCUUCCCCAGGGACAAUCCUCUCAGUGGUUGAUCGAUUCGUCAAGCCAGUGCAGGGCAGCUAAUCGUCAACCGUUUCUUGUUUUCAUCCGCGGGCCCACAACGUGCUCCACCCACACACGUAUCGUCGCCACCCCGAACUACUGCGUUCGAUUAUCCACAAUGACUACCACCGACGGUUUCGGUACGCAGAGAGUAUGCCGGCUGUCCAGCCUGGAUGCAUCUCGGGCCGACCUUUACGGCGGCCCUAAUGUAGUCAUCCCUCCCAGGCAUUUGAUGGCUUCCAGCGAUGGGCAUGAUACAUCUACCACAAUCAACAUGGAUAAGCACGAAUUAGAUGUCGAAACAUCGUCGGACGAUGGUUCUGUGCGUGCUGCUUCCCCGGUCUCUGAGCAUCGCUUCACUACCGCCGACCACUUCGCUUUCGGCUUCGAUAUCGAUGGCGUACUUAUUAGAGGCGGAGAGGCGAUUCCUGAAGCCGCGGCUGCUCUCAAAUACAUCAACGGCGACAAUCCAUACGGAGUCAAAGUUCCCUACAUAUUUGUGACAAACGGCGGCGGCAAAACAGAAGAGGAAAGAUGCCUCGACCUCAGUCGUCAGCUAGAAUUGGAUGUAUCCCCGGGCCAAUUCAUCUGUGGCCACACGCCUAUGCGGGAGAUGGCUGAAAGAUACAACACGGUGCUGGUAGUUGGUGGUGAAGGUGAGAAGUGCCGUCACGUAGCCAAAGGUUAUGGCUUCAAGAAUGUGGUCACCCCUGGCGAUAUUAUCAAGACACGACACGAUACCACGCCGUUCCGCAAGCUCACAGAAGAAGAAUACAAGAAUUCUCGAAUCAUUGACUUCGAGAAGACCAGAAUCGAGGCAAUUUUCGUGUUCGCCGACAGCCGAGACUGGGCCGGCGACCAGCAGAUUAUCUUGGAUCUUCUUCUGUCUCAAGAUGGACGCCUUGGAACUCGAUCAGAGACAUUCGACGAGGGCCCGCCUGUCUUCUUUUCCCACAAUGACGUGGUAUGGUCGACCUCUCACGAGCACACUCGCCUCGGCAUGGGAGCACUGCGAGCUUCUCUGGAAGCUCUGUACAAAGUCGUCACUGGCAAGGAGCUCACGACGAUCUCAUUUGGCAAGCCACAGAUGGGCACAUACCAGUUCGCUACCCGACUCUUACGGCAAUGGCGUAAAGAGAGCCAUGGCAUCAACAAGCCUCCGAACACAGUGUACUUCAUUGGUGACACCCCUGAGUCUGACGUUCGGGGUACAAAUGAGUUUGACAAGACUACUGACACCAAUUGGUUCUCGAUCCUUGUCAAGACCGGCGUCUACCAAGAUGGGACCGUGCCCCGCUUUGCACCGAAGCAUACUUGUGCCAACGUGUUUGAUGCAGUCAAAUUUGCCAUCGACCGAGAGAUGGCCAAGGACGGCCAAGACUCACUGACAUCCGGAGAUGAUGUAGAUUCCGGCGUCGACUCCGAGUCAGCAGCUCCUCGUCAUUGAACCGAGCACUCACAUUGUGAUUGAACAUGUGCUAUUGAGGCUUUCAACGCUGCAGUGAACAGCGACGAGUGCAUUUCCAUUCCAAUCGUCUGUGCGUGAUCUCAGAUGGAGUUUAUGAGGCAUGCUACAUUUUUGCUUCUUCAAUGAGUUCACAGGCCACGAAAUGGACUCAUGAUACAUUCUUACGGAUUUAUGAAUAUUGGCGCAUUGAUACCUUGGCUGGUUUCUCGGGUUUCGGUGUUCAUUCUUCUUCAGUUUUCUUCCUUUCCUCAUUCGGCUUUUCUUUCUUAUUA